UGCCAUUGACCUGAUGGACUCGAUUUUGCCGAGGGGACAAUCUAAGAAUCAGAAGAUUCUUAAGGGAGCAGAUGUCUCCAGCUGCAGCAAUGUACCAGACAGAAUCAGCACUUUACCUGAUGCAGUUCUUGGUCAAAUACUCUCUUUUCUUCCAACCAGAUUCGCAGCGCAGACAGGGGUUUUGUCAAAAAGAUGGAAGAAGCUUUGGAUUUCGGUACCCACUCUUGAUUUUGACAUAAAACUGCAAGACAGAGGUAACAUGGCUAAGUUUGAUGGCUUUGCAAAGAGUGAUGAUAUUCAGAGUUUUACCAACUUUGUUGAUCGCCUUUUGUUCGUCCGUGACCACUCGAGCAUUCGAGAUUUCAGAUUCUCAUUUGAUGAUAGAUUUGACCCUAAACGCUUUUAUGCUUGGAUGUGGAUUGUGAUAAUGUCUAACAUUGAAGUGCUUGACCUUGAUAUGAGAUCUCUUGUUGGUAUUAGGGAGUUGCCAUGGAGUCUUUUUUCGUCUAAAUCUUUGGUAGUUUUGAAACUCAGUGGGCGGUUCCUGCUCGCCAUCCCAUGUACCGCUUCUUUUCCAAGACUCAGGACCCUUUGUCUUAAAUAUGUCAUGUACGUGAGCGAUGCAUCAAUAGAAGAGCUGCUUUCUGCUUGCCCUGUCCUUGAGGACUUGCAAAUAACUAGGGAAAGAUGGGACAAUGCUGUGAAUAUUGUCAUCGCACAGCCUUCACUGAAGAGGUUGACUUUCGAAUCGUAUGGUGACACGAGCUUGCAAUCAUCGAAUAGAGCUGGUGGCAGAAUCAAGUACAAACUACUUGUCAAGGCACCGAAUGUGGAGUACAUGAAACUGGUGGAUUUUGCAUCAGAUGAUAUGGCGGUUGAACACAUGCCCUGUGUAAAUGAAGCAAAUAUCAACGUCAACAACUUGGGAGAAGAGGUGGGUUGGACGAAUAUACAAAGACGCAAUUAUGGAAAAAAGAUAUGCGGAAUACUUGGAAGUCUCUGCAAGGUGAAGCAUUUAUCACUAGGUGGAGAGACUUUGAAGGCCCUACGUGCAGCUUCUGAGAGCAGAGUCCUAUUAUUUCACAACUUGGUCCACCUGGUGCUGGGUUUCGAUUAUUUGCAUGGCCCGAUACUGCUUCCAGGUUUUCUUGGACUCUGUCCUAAUCUGGAAAGCCUCGUCUUUCCUGACGGGAUGACAUGUACCUGCCUGGACGUGGGGGUUGAAAAUAGAGGGCACGUCCCAUACUUUUGGGAGCCUCCAGAAGUUGUGCCUGGAUGUUUGCUGCAUACGCUAAAGAGCAUUGAAAUUGAGUCCUUUUGCGGGGAAGAACCAGAAGAAUUGAAGUUGGUGAAAUUUUUGCUGGAAAAUGCAAUGGUUCUGAAGGAGAUGACGCUCGUUUGUCAUGCGGAUUGCGUUGACAUGUACUCCUUUAGAGAUGAGUUGAUGGCAUAUAAAAGGGGCUCUGCUGCUUGUCAAGUUUGCAUACUCCCUGAGGCUGGGGACGAAUAAAUGGACUCACUCUUCUGAUCUCGGAGGAGGAUCAAGAUACUUUUUGUUUUUGGUUUUUUGUUGGAGGUUAGCACUAUACUGUUCUGCCCACCUCGGGUUCUUUUGGUCAUGGAACCACAAAAUAUUACACUGCCAAGAAAAACGAAAAACGAGAAUACCCGCUCCUUUUGGAAGACUCUGUAGUGCUGCUCUUUACUGAUUAGUACGACUGCCAUGAUUUUUGUUGGGCAAACUCUCUGUAAUGAUCGACUCACAUGAUUUUUGUUGGGCAAAUAUAAUCGUUAAUAGUUGGAGGAGCC